AUGUACUUCUCUGGCUUUGCUGCACUUUUAUUCUCAGGAGCUGCGACCGUCGUUGCGCACGCUGAGCAAGCCAAGCGUGACGCAAGUCAGCCUUACUUCGACAUCUAUCAAGGUCCGAAUGAGCAAGAUUCGAUUAUCAAUGAUCUUUCUACUCAACUCGACUACACCCUGUCUGGGGGAGAGGCGAUUCUCCGCGAUGCCACUGCUAAUGAGCUCUUUGCAAAGCCUGAGCGCACCGUCCAUGCAAAAGGCGGUGGUGCCCAUGGUUGGUUUGAAGUAACCACACCUGUAGCUGCAAACUACUCGAUGGCGACAGUCUUCUCGGAGGUUGGCAAGCGUACCCCAGUUACUGCCCGAUUCUCUACAAUUGCCGGUAAUUUGGGCAAUGCAGAUACUGUUCGAGACCUGCGAGGGCUUGCCUUUAAAUUGCGCACAGAAGACGGAAUCUUGGACUGGCCCUUCUUAAACCACCCUGUUUUCUGGCUUCGUGAUCCAGCAAAAUUCCCUCACUUCAUUCAUUCUCAGAAACGUAAUCCUCAGACAAACCUUUUGGAUCACAAUAAUUUUUGGGAUUACCUUUCCUCGAACAAUGAAUCAAUUUACCAGGUCAUGCGUACCAUGACUGACCUCGGGACCCCUUAUGGUUUCAGGCAUAUGAAUGGCUACAGUGGCAACACAUUCCGCGCCGUGAAGGGAAAUGACACGUGGGUUUAUAUCAAAAUUUCCGCAAUAUCGGAUCAAGGCAUCAGGAACAAUACUAAUAGCGAGGCCAUCGUGCAAGCUGGCGUGAACCCCGACUUUGGCGUCCAGGAUCUUUAUGACGCCAUUGCAGCUGGAAAUUACCCCAGCUGGACAAUCUACUGGCAAACUAUGACACCUCAACAAGCCGAGAAUUAUAAAUACAACAUUUUCGACCUGACCAAAGGCACGUUUUACUGUCCUCAAAUUAUAUUCUUGACGCUCACAUUUAUAUCUCUAGAGUGGCUCGUAGAAGAUGUACCUCUGCAAGAAAUUGGCCGGAUUACCCUUGUUCAGAACCCGUACGGAUUUGUGGCUUUCGGUAAGUCGAGCAAAUUGGUUUUGACCCCCGCCAACAUGCCUUAUGGUCUCGAGCCUAGCGAGGAUCCCACACUGCAAGCGCGAUUGUUCGCUUAUGGUGAUGCCCAGCGAUACCGCACUGGAAUUAACAGCAAAACAACUCCCAUGCCUAAAGCUGUGAAUGACAGAUCAACUGCCCCUCUCAAUCCCGUCGCGAACUUCUUGCGUGAUGGUGCCAUGAACUUCAACAACCAGGGAAAGCGCCCAAACUUUUGGUCGCAGCAAGAUUUUCUUUCGCUUGCUCCUCGGCCCUAUAAUGACGACAAUCACACCAUUUGGACUGGCGGUGCCGUCAAGUACCUCAGCACACCCACCGAGGCAGAUUUCGAUCUUCCCAGGAUUUUCUGGAAUGGUCUAUCUGAACGUGAUCAAAACCACUUGAUUUACAAUGUCAUCUGGCAUCUUGGUCAGGCCAACGACUCGACCAUCCGCACCGAGCAGUGCAAAAUCUUUUAUCAUGUGAAUGCGACCCUAGGUGAAGCCAUUGCGAAGGGAGUGAAUGUCACGCUUUAG